AUGGAAGCUGGACAAGAUAUCCACUUCACUCCAGAACCAUCUAUUCCGAUGCUGUGUAAUGGGCCAAUAGCCAGGGGUUUCGUCUCAGGAAUCUUCCGUGCAUCUACAUAUCGCGGCGGGUCGCCAGGGCUGGGUGAGCACGGUACAGGGUCUGAAUACUGGGUGGUAUGUGGGACUGCGCAAGAGGAAGACUUUCCUCUCACGGACCAUGUGUUAAUGUUGUGGAGCAGAGGAUCCAUCAAUUCAUGGAGUAUGGAUGGAUCCGAUCCAUUUGCUCCUGCCGUGGUUCUCUACUCCCUCCAAGCCACCAUCGAUUCACCUUUCCCUACGGCUCGACUAUCAAUGGCUAGUAGAUGGCUAUUGACGCGUUACUGGGACAUGCCUCGGGAGGUCCCUCCCUUUGGCCACAGAACACUCGAAAUGCCUGUUCUUGUCAAGCGUCAGCGCAAAUAUCCAUCAGAGUUGCUCGAACCUAUUCAGGAAGGAGAUCUGCGGAAAGCGCAAACACCCAGAGCGAAAACGUGGAAAUCCUUUUCUCUUGCGUUUGUGCGUGCGUACCACUGGCUAGGCACAGUCUGGAACCUUUCUCGAGUCUACAGUACACCGUGGCUCAUUCGUGCAUCGCUAUUUUUGUUGUUACACUAUUGGGGCAAGUCAAGAUAA